GGUGAGAUCGGAAGUUAACUGCUCGUCUCGCUCAUUUCAUGUUACGGUAAAUCCAAAAUAGCAUUGAUAACUGAAUAAUUAAAUACCGCCUGUUCGAAAGAAAAUAAAACUAGAACACUUCAAUAUGAAUAGAAAAACGUUGCAGCUGUCCAUUCUCAACUAGAAGGUUUACUAACUUGGAAUUCUCACUCUUCGACUGGUAAUAUAGAAGGACGCGCAAAUAUAUUGAAAGUCUGGAAGAAGGAAAUAAAGUAAAAUGGGUUCUGGCGGCUUAACUUGUGUGAAGUUUAUUACAUUUUUCUGUAAUUUACUUUUUGCUCUAACCGGACUGCUCAUUCUAAUUGUGGGUGCCAUGGUGCAGUUGAACUAUGCGCAUUAUUCAAAUUUCGUUAGUGACCACAUAUGGACUGUGCCCAUUAUUUUGAUUAUCGUCGGCGCAACCAUAGCAUUCAUCUGUUUUCUCGGCUGUUGCGGCGCCUUGAAAGAGAAUAGUUGCAUGAUACUGUCAUUCGCUCUUUUGGCGGUUAUUAUAUUCUUGUUCGAAAUCGGUUUAGGGAUAGCUGGUUAUGUUAAACAUGCAUCUCUGAGUGAUAUAAUGGAGGAACAGUUCAAUUCCACAAUGAAAGAAUACAACGAACGCAAAGAAAAUCGUGAUGCUUGGUCGCUUUUGCAAAGUGAGAUGGAUUGCUGUGGAACCUUUGGGCCUAAGGAUUGGGAACCGAUAUUUCACAAUAGCUCUCUGCCACCUGCAUGCUGCACGGUCAUCAAUUUGAAUGAAGCUCAAGACUGUACGGUUGUUCACGCCCAUUCGGAAGGCUGUCUAAAUAAGCUGCUCUCCCUGCUCGACUCCAAAACAUUAACUUUAGCGGGCGUGGUACUCGGCGUAGCUGGUAUACAGCUAUUGACCAUACUUUUCGCCUUCUGUCUGUUUCGUUCGUUCCGACGCAGUUACCAGACGGUUUAAAAAACAGCAUGAUACACAUAUUAGGAGUUAAUAGUUGAAUGCUUUUUAAAUAUGAAAUUCAUACAGCCAAUACUCAUCCUAAUAUGUGUUAUAAGAAUUUAUUUCAAUUGAAUAUCAACAGUUUUUAAGGCGAACAAAGUAAUAAUUAGAAAAGUGCUUAUAAAUAAGUAAAAUUACUUAUGUCGGCUACAUAUAACUGAGCACACAAAUCACAUUUUAAAUUGUUACUUACAUACUUAUACAAUAUAUACACAUGUAAGUAUAUGAGAGCAGCAUUAUUAUGCAGACUUCAAGCUCCCCAUAUCACUUAUUCAUAUCAGUGUUAUAAGUUAAUGAACAACGUCGUGAAGUUUAUGCUCAACAUUUUUGAAUGACCAAGAGCGAAUAUGAACAAUAUAAUAUGAAUUUACACCUUUAAGCACAUUUUAUAUACCUAUUGUAUAUGGUAUCUAAAUAUAUGUAUGUACUGGCAAUCAUUUUUUGACGAAAGUCAUUUUGUAGUUUAGCACCAAAAAAGACAUUAGCAACAAUACGGUAUGCAUUUCACUUAAAUUUUUGUAUUUAUAUAUUUUCAUCUAUGUAUGUAUAAGAUUUCAUAAUAUCUGUACUAUUAGAUUUCUUUAUAUAAAUCUUGAGAAGGCUUUUACAUAACUACACUACUUGCCCAGCCCAUUUCGGCGGCAUAAAGCAUUUAAAGAAAAUGCCAAACUCAAUUAAUUGUUUAAACUGGAAAAAUGUAUACAAAAUUUUAUAAGAGUUUUAUAUUAAAAAGAAGCAUAAGAUGAAUUAAUACGAAAAUAUCUAAACCGAAAUUGACGUAAACUAAUAGCAACUAUUAGCAAUGUUUAUGGCAGUGGUAUUUUUACAUAAACCAAUUUGUUUGCUCCUUUAUGAUAGAUUUGCUUAAUUUAAAACUUAAUGGGAUUUUGUUUGUUAUACCAAUUUGAAAAGUAACAAGUUUUUAAUGAAUUUUCCACUAAUAAGUAAAUAUGAAAACUGAAAGCAUUCAAAUAAAGAAAUGAAUAAAGAGUUUUUACAUCUAUAUUUUACACUUGGUUAUACAACAAUCCAAAUAUUAUAUACAUAUAUCUCCUUAUUUAGAAUAUUUAUUAGAAAUAAAGUUUUUCUAUAUACAUACAUAUGUACAUGACUUAUGAAGUUCUUCAAAAAUUCAUAUUUUUAUAUUUAUGUUUAAAAAAUUUACUAGAAAAUAAAUUGGCAUAACCUAAUCCAAAACGUGUAAAAAUAUAUUUCGGUAGGUGUAUAUUAUACAAACCCUAAUUUGAUUUACAAAUUUGUAACAUAAAUUGCUGAAAUAGAUACUUGGUAGUCCAAUAGCUUCAUAAUUUAGUAUUACAUGUACCUACUAGUACGUUACAUAGAUUUUUUGUAUUACUGAACAGUAGUUUUGUGUAUUUUAUUGCCUUUAUAAUUAAGUAUGUAUUUGUUAUAUAAUUGUAUUUGUUUGAAAUUAUGUUAAGUGUGUAUAACAGAUCAGCACUGAAUAAAAAUAAAGUACUCAUAAUAUACCAAAUUUUAAUACAUCGUA